AUGGAAGAAACUUCUGUCUGUUCUUCGAUAACCGAAAUUAUCCACGUCGGAAUGGAGGAAUACAUCUCUCACACAGUGAAAGUGCCUAGACCAGGGUCCAACGGCUGGUUUAACAAAUCGUGUGGCGCUGCUCGCCAGCAGAAGAUCAAGGCACACAGAACCUUCUUACAAAACCCCACUCACGAUAUAAAAGUUAGGCACAGGGUAAUGUCGCAGCGCAAUGGCAGUCGGUCUUUCUGGACGCUGGCCAAGCAGAUUGUAAAGAACUUCUCACACAGUAGCCUUCCACCACUUACAUGUCAGGAUGGAACUAUUGUAUUCAACUCAAAGGCCAAUGCGGAGGUGCUAGCCAAGAUCUUUGCUGCCAACUCCAUCAUGGACGUAACAUUCAGGCAUAAGACCGUAAGACGAGUGCUCUUGUCGCUCGACAUCAACAAAGCUUCUGGUCCGGACUUGAUUCCUGCUAUUGUACUAAAGAGGUGUGCACCGGAGCUUGCUCCAGUUCCUUCGCGUCUCUUCCAGAUAUCUUAUGAAUCCGGUACCUUCCCAGAAAACUGUAAAUUUGCUCAUGGAUCUAAGACCGACCCUUACAACUACAGGCCUAUAGCUCUGCUUUCUGUUUUAAGUAAGGUGAUGGAGAGCGACAGGCAGUAUGGUUUCCGGCACCAACGAUCCACAGGGGACCUCCUAGCUUACGCUCAUGUCGUUGCUCUUGACAUCAUGAAAGCGAUAUCCGUCUCCUGCACGAUCAACCUAAUCCACAGCUUCGCUGAUGACAGCACUCUACAUGCAAGAAUUCAGAUUGGAAAAAGAAGACUAGCGAUGACUUCCUCUCUGACAAGAGACCUUCAUUCAUUUCGGCUGGUCGGACACGAACACAUCUCGUCAAUAGCUGCAUACUUUUCUCCGCACGACCUUCUCAUUCUAUACAAGGCCCAGAUAAGGCCUAGCCUCAAGUAUUGCUCACACAUUUGGGGUGCUGCCGCCCCGACUACAUUGUCCAUGCUCGAUGCUGUCCAGAGGAGGGCGGUCCGACUGAUCAAUGACUCUUCUCUAACAGACAGUCUCGGGACUCUUUCGCACCGGCGGGCUGUCGGCGAGCUAGCUCUUUUCUACCAGCUCUGUUCCAUGAUGCCGCCGCGCGAUGUGCCUGCCAGACAGACUCGCUUGACUCUGGCGUCCCAUCCUAACCGUGUCGAACUUCGUACAUCCAGAACCGGCCGAUACGACCGCUCCUUUGUCCCAAGGGUGUCGAGAUUGUGGAACAAUCUACAAGAGGAAGCUUUUCCCAGUUCUAUUAACCUUAGACAUUUGAAAAAUCGUAUUAAUAAAAUUUCUUUGGGGUCAUCAUAG